UAACCCAAACGAAACUUCCUGGAAGCUCCCAUGGCUCCUCUAUUUCUCCCCAGCCUCCUCCUUUUAAUCCCCCAUUCUGCUCCUUUUCUACUUCAAAACAUAAUAAUCGUUCUAAUAAUUAUACGUUACAACACUUCUUCUUCUAUCUAUAUUCUGGUUAACAAAUUUCACAAUCAUGAAAAUCUCCAACAUCAAUCCCAAGAAAAUCUUCCGCAAAAAGACCCGAUCCGUUUCCAGAUCCGACCCGUCUUCCUUCAGCUCUGCCAACUCCUCGUCAUCUGAUCUCCCGCACGUCAAAUCCAACGGCUCUGGGACUCCGACCAGCGUGUUGCCUGUCCGCGACUCGUCCGAGUCGUCCUCCGAGUCGACGUCCGAGUUGUACGACUUGGUCCAGGCGUUUAAAGUGAUUGACAGGGACGGUGAUGGGAAGAUCACGAGGGAUGAACUCGGCGCGUUGCUGAGUCGACUCGGAGCGAGUCCGCCGAGUGAGGAGGAGCUGAGUUUGAUGCUGAGCGAGGUGGAUAGCAACGGCGACGGGUGUAUCAGUUUGGAGGAGUUCGGCGCGAUAAGUUCGGCGUUUGGGCCGCCGUCAUGCGACGCUGAGUUGAGAGACGCGUUUGAUUUCUUUGAUAACGACCGUGACGGCAAGAUAACGGCGGAGGAGUUAUACGGUGUGUUCACGUCCAUUGGAGAUGGUGGGUGUACCCUCGACGAUUGCCGUAGGAUGAUAAGCGGCGUUGAUAAGAAUAACGAUGGGUUUGUUUGUUUUGAUGAUUUUGCACGCAUGAUGACGCAACAACUAAGAUGAUGACGUGUUUUUUAAUGUUUGGUUAAUUAUUAAUUGGGUAAUUUUGGGUGUUUAUUUGAGUGUUGAGAAAUGAUUGAUCAAUUUUUAAGGGCUGUGAUUGAUCAAUCUUGAAGGAUAUAUCUACUUAUUAUCCACUGGCCACUGCUGUAUAAUGUAUAUAUACUCCAAUAUUUAAUGAGACGAGGAAAAGCUCUCUUAUGUGA